AUGGUGAGAAGUCUAGCAGACCAGAUAUUUGAAUGGUGGUAUUUUCGCAAGUACGGAACAUCCUUCAUUGAGCAAGUCUCAGUGAGUCACUUGCGCCCCCUUCUGGGAGGGGUUGACAACAACUCCUCCAACAAUUCUAACUCCAGUAACGGGGAUUCAGAUUCCAACAGACAAAGCGUCUCAGAAUGCAAAGUAUGGCGAAAUCCACUAAAUUUAUUUCGGGGCGCUGAAUAUAAUCGGUACACUUGGGUGACAGGACGAGAGCCUCUGACUUACUAUGACAUGAACCUCUCUGCCCAGGACCACCAGACUUUCUUUACUUGUGACUCGGACCAUCUGCGUCCUGCAGAUGCAAUAAUGCAGAAAGCCUGGCGAGAGAGAAAUCCCCAAGCUAGGAUUUCUGCAGCUCAUGAAGCCUUAGAGAUAAAUGAAAUUAGGUCCAGAGUUGAAGUUCCCCUAAUUGCUUCCUCUACCAUCUGGGAGAUAAAAUUGUUACCAAAGUGUGCAACUGCUUAUAUUCUCUUGGCUGAAGAGGAAGCGACAACCAUUGCCGAAGCAGAGAAGCUCUUUAAGCAGGCCCUGAAGGCUGGGGACGGCUGUUACCGGCGUUCCCAGCAGCUACAGCAUCACGGAUCCCAGUACGAAGCCCAACAUAGACGAGACACCAAUGUCUUGGUCUACAUCAAAAGGAGGCUAGCAAUGUGUGCCAGAAGACUCGGGAGGACCAGGGAAGCAGUGAAAAUGAUGAGAGAUUUGAUGAAGGAGUUCCCCUUGUUGAGCAUGUUCAACAUCCACGAGAACCUUCUAGAAGCCCUCCUGGAGCUGCAGGCGUACGCGGAUGUCCAGGCUGUGUUGGCGAAGUAUGACGAUAUAAGCUUACCAAAGUCGGCAACAAUAUGCUACACCGCUGCCUUGCUCAAAGCGAGAGCUGUCUCUGACAAAUCGCCAGUACCUACUGCAACAUCCUUUCUCCCUACACAGCGACUCCAGCUUGGGAGGGCAGGGCCAGGGUUGUCACAGCUUCCCCUGUGGUGUCUGCCUGCCAAGCACAGCUCUGGAGUUAGCCCUGGGUGUGAGUACCUACUAGAAAUGAAAAGCUUAAUCCUUCCCCCGGAACAUAUCCUGAAGAGAGGGGACAGUGAAGCAAUAGCGUACGCGUUCUUUCACCUGGCACACUGGAAGAGGGUAGAAGGGGCUUUGAAUCUUUUGCAUUGUACCUGGGAAGGCACUUUUCGGAUGAUCCCGUACCCCUUGGAAAAGGGACAUCUGUUUUACCCCUACCCAAUCUGUACAGAAACAGCAGACCGUGAACUGCUUCCAUCUUUCCAUGAAGUCUCAGUUUACCCAAAGAAGGAGCUUCCCUUCUUUAUUCUCUUUACUGCUGGACUGUGUUCCUUCACAGCCAUGCUGGCCCUCCUGACACAUCAGUUCCCGGAACUUAUGGGGGUCUUCGCAAAAGCUAUGAUUGACAUGUUCUGCUCGGCAGAGCUCAGGGACUGGAAUUGCAAGAGUAUUUUCAUGCGUGUUGAAGAUGAACUGGAAAUCCCACCGGCACCUCAAUCUCAACAUUUCCAAAACUGAACUCAUCACCCUUCUUCCCUCACCACCAAACCACUCCUCCUGUACUCCUGACCUCCGCCAGUGGCACUGCCACCCACUCAGUUACCCAAGCCAGAAACUCAGCAGCCCCCCUCAACUCCUUCUCUCACUGCCCACAUCCCAGCUGUCUCAGCCUCCUCCAUCUUGGGUCUAACCUCCUAAGCCACUAGACUUUCAAUGUAAUUCACCUCUUCUUCCCCUCCUCAUCCCCCCACAGCCCCUUUCUUAAUUUAGGUCUCUGUUAUUUCUUGCCUGGACGCCUGCAAAAGUCUUAACUGGUCUCCUUGCUGACAGUCUUAUCCUCUGUCAGUCUUUCUUUCAUGCUGACACAAAAAUGAUCUUUCUUAAUUACAGGUCUGAGCAUGUCACUUCCCUGCUUCAAUUUCUCCAGGGGUUCCCCCCCAUUUUCAGGAUAAGUCCCAGCUCUUUAGCAUGGCAUGCAAGACCCCUUGGAAUCUGGCCCUUGCUUGCCUCUUUAGCCUCAUUUCUUCCAGUUGUUGCACAGACACUGCUCUUGGGCCACAGUGAAUUACUCACCAUUCCCAGUGCAUCAGGCGACUGUCCACCUCAGCGCCUUUGUACACGCAGUUUGCUCUGCAUGGAAUGUUCUUCCCAUCCCCACCCCACCUGUCCACUCUACUAAUGCCUCUUCAUUCUUUUAUCCUCAGCUUUCUUUCUAACUUUCUCCUAAGCUGAGCUAGAUCUCUGCUUUGUGAUCCCACAGUAUUCCACGAAUACCUAUAUUAUCACAUUUAUUGUACUGUAUUAUAAUUGUUGAAAACUUGUCUGUCCCCCUUUAGAAUGGGAGCUCCUUGAGAGCAGGACUGUGUCUUCCUCAUCUCUGUAUCCCCAAAGC